UAGUGCAAACGUUAAACUUGUUUUGUACCGUACGCUUGAAAUAGCCUAAUUAAUUUGAUCAGCCUCGAGUUGGUUCCUUUUUUUAAUGUUGAGAUCACUAGAGGGAGACAUUUUGUUAAUCCUAAUCUCAGCACAGGCUCGUCUGCACAUCGUUGUAUAAUAGUAGGAAUUAAUAAUUUAGUCCAGCCAUUUUCAGAUCGUUUUUUUAUAUAUAUAUAAAUUGUCGGUGUAUUUGCGUUUUGAAUUGAAGAUAUAGUAGCUGUAUUAUUGUUUAUUGUGCUGUGUCUGUCUCUCCCAUUUAAACGAGCUGCUCUUAUAAAAUGACAUCGUCGUUUAAGAUUCAGUUCUAGCGCAUAGAUAGGACAAUGACGUCUUUACUGGACACCUAAAUCUGUGCUUUAUAUGCUUUUAAGCGGCACCAGUUUCUAUCGUUAUAUUUAUGUAGAUUAUAAUUUUUGUACAUCGUAGACUGAAAUAAAAACCGAAGCCAAUGUAAUGUGAGCCAUAUAACAGUGGCAGCUCUUUAAAAUUCGUGAGCUCAUUAGACAGGGGCAGUGUCUAUUCUGUUUCCUGAUAUAUAUUCAGAUAGAGCUGCAUCAGUACAGCACACUAUCUAGACAACCAUCCGUUUAUCACAUAAACUCUCCAGUUUAAAACGCAAGUGGACUUACUGCAUCAUGUUGAGAAAGAAUAAUGGAGCCGGGACGUCCCAAUUAAAACCAGACGAUCCCCUGCUAAAAAUGGGGGUCCAGGAUGAUGAGGAUGUGAAAAUGAUGCUGCAGGGGUCCUCUAUGACGAAGGUACGUUCUCCACGCUGGAAGAGGAAGCGCAUGCUAAAGCUGAUGAAUGAUGGAGUCACUGUCUGGUGUGAAUCCAACAAGGCCACCAACAAAGCCAAAAGUCAGCAGUCCUUCUCUGUGAUGGAAGUGGAGUGUGUGCAGGAGGGUUGUAAGUCUGAGACGUUGAGAAACCUGGCCAUCUCACUUCCAGAAGAGCAGUGUCUUACCAUUGUGUUCAAGGGAGGAAGGAAGAGCUUGGAUCUCCAGUGUGACACUAAAGAGGAAGCCAAGCACUGGGUCCGUGGCAUUCAAACCCUGCAAGGCAGAGUCAAUAACAUGACCCAGAAAGAGAAACUUGACAACUGGAUCUAUGGCUACCUGAAACAAGCUGACAUGAACCAUGAUGGCAAGAUGUCAUAUGAGGAGGUCCAGACCCUUUUCAAGAUGAUCAACAUAGACCUGAGUGAAGAAAAUGCUGCCGGCCUCUUCAAGAAGUGUGAUAAAUCAGCAGACGGACGACUUGAACAUGAGGAGAUUGAGCUUUUUUGCCGUGAGCUACUACGUCGGCCUGAGCUAGAUGCAGUGUUUCAGCAGUACUCUGCGAAUGGUUACGUCCUGUCCACUGUGGAUUUGCGUGAAUUCCUGAAAGACCAGGGCGAAGACCACACUCUUAUACAUGCUGAGAGCCUCAUCCUCACCUAUGAGCUCAAUGAAUGGGCCCAGAAGAACCAAUUUAUGACACCCAAUGGUUUUACUAUGUACAUGCUGUCUAAGGAGAAUGAUGUGUAUAACCCAGAGCAUGACAGAGUCUACCAGGACAUGAGCCGCCCACUCAGUCACUACUUUAUCUCCUCCUCACACAACACCUACCUCACUAAAGACCAGCUAAUCGGCGAGAGCAGCAUUGAUGCUUAUAUCAGAGCUCUGAGUCAAGGCUGUCGCUGUGUGGAACUGGACUGCUGGGAUGGGGAAAAGGAUCCAGUUAUUUACCAUGGACACACCCUCACAUCCAAAGUGCCAUUUAGCGAGGUUUUGAAGGUCAUAGCUGAAUAUGCAUUCAGGACUUCUCCAUAUCCUCUUAUUCUGUCUCUGGAGACCCACUGUUGUGUGGAGCAGCAGACUAUCAUGGCCCAGCAGCUGCAUUCAAUUCUGGGGGACAAACUGCUCAACAAACCUCUCAAUGACAAGCCGCUUCAGUGCCUACCAUCACCAGAGGACCUAAAAGGGAAGAUCUUGAUAAAAGCAAAGAAGAUCAAAGUGGAGCAGGACAGCUCCAGCUCUGACUCAAGCUCCUCAGAUGAUGAAUCUAAAACUGAAAGCAAACCUAAAGCACAGAAGAGGGAUUGCAAAUUGAGUCCAGAGCUGUCUGAUCUGGUGGUGUACACCCACAGUGUUGCUUUCAAACAGUUUGAUCCAUGUGCCAAGAAACCUCCCAAUGAAAUAUCCUCAUUCUCUGAGAGUGAUGCGCUGAAACUAAUCAAAGAAUCAGGGAAGUUGUUUGUACGCCACAACAGCGUGCAACUGAGCAGGAUCUACCCAUCUGGUCAGCGUGUGCAAUCCUCCAACUACAACCCUCAAGACAUGUGGAAUGCUGGUUGUCAGAUGGUGGCAUUGAACUUCCAAACCCAAUGUGAAGAGAUGGAUCUAAACAGAGGCCGUUUUUUACCAAACGGCCGAUGUGGCUACUUGCUAAAACCAAGCUUUAUGUGCCAGCCUGAUUCAGAGUUUAACCCAGAAAACACUGGGGGAGGCCCUGGCCACAAUCCAACACUGCUUACUAUCAAGGUCAUUUCAGCCCAGCAGCUGCCUAAACCUGACAAAGUGAAGCUCAACUCAAUUGUAGACCCUCUUGUAUGGGUGCAGACUUAUGGGGCUUCCAUAGAUAACAACACAAAGAAGACACACCGCAUCGGCAAUAAUGGCUUUAACCCCAGAUGGGACUGCACCUUUAAAUUCCAGCUUCAUGUGCCAGAGCUGGUAUUAGUACGCUUUAAGGUUGAAGACCAUGACUAUGCCACCAAGAAUGAUUUUCUGGGCCAGUUUACACUUCCUUUCACAAGCAUGCGGACAGGUUACAGACAUGUUCAUCUACUGCAGGCAGACGGCUCUAGCAUGUCUCCCUCCAGUCUCUUCAUCCACGUUAAAAUCACACCAUCCUACAGCAGCCCUGCUGGACAAGUGGGCACUCAUAGUGACAGAAAAUGAAGCAAUGAGUUAAAGCACCUGAAUUGCCCCUUAUUUGAGAAAUUACAUGUUUUAUAUAAAAUCAAAAGUCAAAAUUGCCACCACCAAGUGUGAGAAAAGUUACAAUUUAUUUAAAAAUGGUGCAGAAGCCAUUUCACACUUUGAAAAAGAAUAUGCUUGUUUUGUUUUCCAGUAAAAAUAAGUAAAUAUCCUCAAAAGUUUCAUUUUACAUAGAAUCAAAAUGCCAAGAUGGAAUACAGUGUAAAAUAGCGAGACCUGUCUUAAAUUAAGUUAACUCUUUUAUUUUGAGUAUAAUUGUGACAAUUAAGUAUAUAUAUCAUUUUACUGGGAAACAAGGUCAUACGUUCAAGAAAAUUAUUAUUGUUGUUAUUAUUAUUAUUAUUAUUAUUAUUAUUAUUAUUAUUAUUAUUAUUAUUAUAUAAAUAUAUAUGUGCAGAUUUAAGCAUAUUCCAAAGGUACAAUGUUAAUGCUGUUAUGUAAUGUCUUAAAAUGGCAAAGCAAUACAUUUGAUAUGCACCAGCCCAUGUUAUAUAAAUAUUGUUACAUUUCCUAAUGAAACGUUUGACUAUGCAGUUAAGAGUGGAACUGACUCAGAGAUGAAGCAUACUUGUAUAUGUUGUGUUAGGAAUCAUUGAGUCGAGCCAGUGUAAUCCUUAUGUACUUAGUACAGAAAGAAAAGCUCUCUAAAACUACAGCACUUAGAUGUCAACACAAAGACAAGUAAAGAAAGAAAAAAAAUAACAUUUUAUUUUAUGUGUGUCAUAUUGCCAAGUUAACUCUAAAACCUUUUAAACUUUUAUGUUAAAAUAUUUACAGCAUUUGACUGAUAUUUAUAGAAUAGUUAUUUUAAGGAUAUUUCUCUGUCUCGAAGUGCAGUUUUGGCUUCAGUAAUUUUAGUCAAUUUAGAAAUGCUUGAAAAUACCUGAUUGGCCAAUAUGAUAUUAAUAUUAAUGAACAUAAUCAAUGCCAAGUGCUCUGUCAUAUAGUCAUUUUAAAAAAGCUAAAGUGUCAUGAAAUGGAGAAUCAAAAUAAAGAGAUUUUUCUACAUUAAAAACAUAAUGCAAGUUUCAGAACUCAAACUAACUCCCCAGUAAAGAAUUAUAAUUUUCUACCCUUCUGAAAUGCCCAGAUUUAAAAUUUUAAGAAUCGUGACAUUAAUAUUAUCCCCAACAAGACCCUUAAUGUGCGUCAUAGUCAUAUGUAAUCAAGAAGGUGUGUUCUGAACAACUUAUGUCUGUCCAUCGAUCACAAUACGGCUGUUAGGUAAAGAAGCUCCUUUUUGGUGCAUCAUAAGGUGCAUUAUAUAAAGUAACCUAGAGAAACAUCAAAUAAAAAUCUGAUGCUGUACUUCAUGACCAUCAUGUUUUGUAAACAAAGAUUAAGGAAUUCUAUGAAAAGGUUUUUUUUUUUUUUUUUUUCUUGAUUCUUGAUAUCAGGAAUUGGAUUUUUACUAGUAACAAUGACUAUUUUUGAUACCAAGAAUUACAUUUCCACUAGUAAAAAUGUUAAUUCUUGAUAUCAACAAUUAAAUUUUUACUAGUUAAAAUGCUAAUUCUUGAUAUCAGGAAUUAAAUUUCAACUAGUAAAAACUAUCAUUCUUGAUAUGUAAUUGUUUUUUCACAAGGUAAACCAUAGGCUGCCAUUCAAAUUCAAUUGUUGAUAUCAAAAAUGGAUUUCUUACUAGUUUCACAUAUCAGAAAUACAAUUCUUACUAGUAAAAACUUUUAUUUUUGAUAUCAGUAAUCACGUGGUUACUAGUGCAAAUGGCUAUUCUUGGUAUCAACAAUUGAACUGUUACUAGUAAAAAUGUUCAUUUUUGAUAUCAAUAAUUCGAUUGACACUAGUGCAAUGUUAAUUUCUGAUAUCAUGAAUGUGAUUGUUACUAGUAAGAAAGCCAUUUUCGAUAUCAGAAAUUAAUCUCCUAAUUAUUGAUAUCAGAAAUACAUUUUCAGAUAUCAAAAAUAACAAAUGUAACAUGUUGAAAUGUAUUUACAGAUAUCAAGAACUAACAUUUCAACUAGUAACAAUUGAAUUCUUGAUAUCAGGAAUUCACAUUUUUACUAGUAACAAUGCAAUUAUUGAUAUAAAAAAUUAUAUUACUACUAGUAAGAAAUACAAAGCUGAUGUGUGUAUAUAGAAUUUUAACUAGUACGAAAUGCAUUUAUAU